GCGACACCCAGUGCAGCACAUUCAUCCAUCCAACCGGCUCUAGCCGUUUUACCCCUGGGCUGCCCUGGAAUGGAACGAACCCACCAGAAGGCCGAUCCUGUGAUGCGCUAGCAACCCGAGACAAUGGACCCCGAGCUCCGUUGACGGCGGCCCAGUCAUGACAUUGAGGUGAUUUCCAACCGGCUGUUCCCGACCCACCAUGCCUGUCUAGAGUAUUACCGACUCUCGUCCCUUUCCUCCUUUUAUCCUUUGCUCCUGAUCCAACAACACUUUGUUCCCCGUCAAUCCAACAGUCGCGAACGAAUCCUCCCAGCGCCCACCCAUCCAGAACCCCGCGAUCCCCUCGAAGCUGUUCCCCCCCAAAAGUCCGCUUCCAAUAUUUGUGACUGCUCGGGCACCAACAAAGCCACCAUCUUCGACAUCAUGGCCACCCCUGGCCGUUUGACCUUCCUAUAUCCUCAGCUGUUCCGCACAGGCGCUCUCUGGUCUGAGCCAGCCGCGGCUCGUGUUGCCCGCAAGCCUCGUCGUUAUGUCGCUCCUCUCUCUUCUCAGCCCUCAUGCUGCGCGCAUACCGCUUCGGCUCCUUUCUCCAGCUCCGCCUCCCGGAGGCAAGCCGCCUUUGUAAAAUACGGAAAGGCCGUAGAACCGCAGCCAUUACAUGACGAGGCACCGACAACGCCUUCCGACCCAAAACCAAGCGCCGGCCCGAAUCCCAACGCUGCCCCGGCAGAGAAGCAGCAGUCUGAAAAGAGCGAGCCAACAACACCAACAGAAGGCGUCCCCGAUGCGCCAAAGGCAGCCCCAAGCUCCGGGGGAACCCCUGAACAACCACCCACCGCAGCCGCCGCGAGAACGGGCUCAGAUCCGACGGCAGACAAAAAGAGCACCACGCCUAUGGAAACCAUUCUAUACAUGGGACCACCUCCCUCCGACAACACCACGCGCCUCCUGACUGACUCUGACAACGGCAACGGCCGACCACCGCACCUGCAACCGCCUCCCUACGUCCACCACUUCGACAGCUACUCGCUCGUCAAACAGCUCUCGGCCGGCGGCUACACGCUCACGCAAGCCAUCACAGCCAUGAAAGCCGUUCGUGGUCUGCUAGCGUCGAACCUGGACGUGGCGCAAGCCGGGCUGGUGAGCAAGAGCGACGUGGAAAACGAGACGUACCUGUUCCGUGCAGCGUGCUCAGAGCUGAGCACCGAGGUCAAGAACAACCGGCGGGUGGCGGACGAGCAGUUACGACAGCAGCGCACGCAUCUGCUUCAUGAGGUGGACAUACUCACGCAGAGGCUCAACCAGGAGCUGUUGACGCUGAACGAUAACGUGCGCGGCAUGUUCAAUGAUCGGAAAAUGGCAGUCAGGGAGGAGCAGAAGGCCGUUGAAAGUCGGAUUCAACAAAUAAACUACAAAAUCUCCGUCAUGCUCAACAGCGACGCCCGAUCCGACAUCGAAGCCCUGCGCUGGGUUCUCAUUCGCCGGUCCGUGGUAGGAAUAUUGUUUAUGGCGGUCGCUACCCUCGGUACUCUGCGCUACGCCACUUAUGUGAACCACGAGCGACAGAGGGAGGCCGACAGAAAGAAGCGAGAAGCUGAGGAGGCCAGGAGGCAUGAUGGCACAAGAGACGUUGCGCCGGCGCCGUUUGCGGCGGAAAUUCUUGCGGCGAAUUAGAAGUAGACGCUUCUUUUUGGAUUCCGAUCAUGGCCGCAUUGUUAUAGACACAUUGGAGGAAGCGACAGGAGCAGGGUUCAAGGACGCAAUGACGGCGGUUUAUACCAGGUUGGGGGCUGUUCUCUCCUUUUGUCAAGCCGUGAGAAGCAAGGGGUGCUAGAGAACAGAGGGUUAGGGUCGGAUAAGAAGAUACCCAAGUAAACAAUCGAAAGAAAGGGGGGGCUCAACUCGAGCCAGCCCCUGUUUCCCAUUUCAUCUCGAACCAGAUUCCAAAAUUUCCCUUUUCUCGCCAAGCGAGACUCUUCAUCAACAGUCCACAUGCAAGUGUAUUACAACGUCCUAUACCGUCUUUAUAUAUAUAUGCUCUUCCCCAAA